GUGCCGGGAAAGAUUCAGCAUGUGAUCUGCACAGGAAAUCUGUGUUCGGCACCUAUGCUCAGCUAUCUAAAAACUCUUGCCAACGAUGUGCACGUAGCGCGCGGCGAAUUUGAUGAUGCUCAAUUUCCAGAUCAAAAGGUGGUUUCAAUUGGUCUCUUUAAAAUUGGCGUCUGCAAUGGCUACCAGAUCAUUCCUUGGGGCGACCAGGAUAGUCUAGCAGCUCUCCAGAGAAAGCUUGACGUAGAUAUUCUCAUAACAG